GGGUCACCAAUCGGACGGGUCAACAAGCUGAAGUCUCGGGUCUUGGGAAGAUAUUUCGCUUUCCGUCUCCAAGAUCCCUGAGCUUAGUUUUCUGUAGACCAACAUGACUUGAAACCUAUUCCACACUCUGAGCUUCUUCAGUACAGUACAAGAGAGUUAGUUGAAAAGCGACCAGCACUGGAAGGUGGAUUUUCUUCUACAUCAAGACUUUGAAUUGAAUUGAACUGAUUGAAUUGAAUCAAUCGGAUACAUACCCCACAGCAAUCUGCUUUUCCCACGGCCACAACUGCCACAAUGAGAUCACUCGGAUCAUCCCUUUUCCUGUUUCUUUCGCUGGUGCUCACCUUGGUGGUAUCGCCCACGGAUGCUCAACCAGAAUUCGUCAAACCAGUAAACUAUACAUACGAUGAUCCAGUUGUCUUCAACCAAUGGUGUGACGAUUUGACAGAAAUGUAUGGACCCACUUGCACAUGCGAGACAACAUACGGCAUCAGCAACAACAUUGACAGUGUGGAUCUGGAUCAUGAAAUCAACUGUGACCCCUUACAGGGCAAGAGUACUUGUAUCAGCAAUGUUACCGUUGAUUCUGCGAGAAUCUGGUUAAAGGCAACAUCCAUUGGCGAGGUUGGAAACUACGAGACCAUCAAGGAGACGGCUAUUACAGAUUUCUAUGUCUUUCUGGAUGAUACUUCCAUUGACACCAUUUCCUUUCGGUUCAAUGAUGGAAUUGGGCAACGACGUACAGGAUGCUUAGCAGUGUUUGGAGCCGUCAACUGUGCACGGUGCGGUGUCUGUGAUGCCCCACCCAACGACAAAGAAGCAGAAUACCCCGUUCAUCUGGGACCCAAGGAGAUCUUUAAUGGAAUCAGCGGAGUCUGCAACUAUGGCAAUGGUCCUCCCAUUGGACUUUUCAACACAUGCACCAAUGGAUCAAACAUUCUCACUGACAUUGCAUGGUACGACCUGGAGAUUACAGCAGCUGACCAGAUUGGACCCUGUGCAGACGGUACUGAGUUUCGUCCUGCCCCUGAAGAAAUUGAGACCCAGGAAGAAGUAGAGGAGAUCGAAGCAGAAGAAAAAACUACUGCUGCAGCUUCCAGUGGAACAAGCAUAGCCACAGUUGCAGCUAUGGCUGUUUCCGUGGUAUCAGCAAUGGCCUAUUGGGCGUAGAUGGGCGCCAAUGUGCGAACCAAAGUAUUUGUAUGUCAUAGUAUGAACGUCAUUGUUUGUGUCGGUCUUGGAACAGUCAAAGACCUUGUAAGUUGCAGUGUCAAUUAUAGAGCAGCUACAUUC